AUGCGUCUGAACUGCAUGAUCCACUGUGCCCUUGUCGGCACGACCCUGGCCGACGCCGACUUCAACUCUGUACGCCGGCGACUGCGCAAAGACAUGAGCGGACGAGGAGGCGAUCCACCGGGGAAAUAUUUUCACGAAUCUAUCUUCCACCCACACUAUGAUGGCCGCUUUGCCGACCGCGUCCUAGAAUACAGCGAGCAGAAACGGGCACUCAAGAGCCUCAUUCAGACAUACCUGUCCACCUUUGCCGACAUUGGUGUCGAGACCUGGCUCAUGCAUGGCUCGCUGCUCGGCUGGUGGUGGAAUCGGCAGAUUAUGCCGUGGGACUCGGACAUUGACGUGCAGGUCCUCGAGCCCGGCAUGUACUACCUCGCCGCCUACUACAACAUGUCCGUCUUCCAUUACAAAACGCCUCGGCUGCCCGACGGCCGCGACUACUUGCUCGAGGUCAACCCACAUUACACCAACCGCGACCGCUCAGACUGGCUCAACGUCAUUGAUGCGCGCUGGAUCGACACGGAGACAGGGCUGUUUAUUGACAUUACGACGGCGCGCUACGACCCCGGCCAUUCGGCCGGUGAGGGUGUGCUUACGUCCAAGGAUGGCCACGAGUACCGAGACACAUACCUCUACCCGUUGCGGGACACCAUGUUUGAGGGCGCGCCUGCCAAGAUCCCUUACCGGUUCCGGGAGAUACUCGAGGCCGAGUACGGUGCCUCGGCGCUGGUCAACAAAGACUUUCACGAUCAUGAGUUUGACGACGAAAAAAUGGAAUGGGUACCGAAAAUGAUGAUGACCAAGAACAGCUAG